AAUAACAAUCAAACUGUCGCAAUACCAUUAAAACGAAUGGCAGCAAAACCACCAACAGCAAUAAAACCAGCAGAAAUUAUUCAAACAACAACUGAACCAGCAGAUAUUAUUCAAACAACAACUGAACCAGCAGGUAUGAUUCAAACAACAACUGAACCAGCAGAAGCAACAACACCAGUAACAAAAAUACUGCCAACAAUGGUAUCAGUAACAACAACACUAAUGACAAAGUCACAAAUUGAAAUGAUACCAGUUGAUAUAUAA